AUGGCUUCCCUAGCCCUGCAAAUUUUAUGUACAGUUUUAUCUGCAAUCACUCACUUCAUCAGCUCAGUUUCAGCACAAUCCAAUGCUUAUAUCAUCCACAUGGACUCAAAAGCCAUGCCAAAAGCCUUCUCUGGCCACCAGAGUUGGUAUUUGGCAACCCUUUUAUCUAUCUCAGACAGUCCUAAAGCAUAUACUUUCGGUACCACAAAGCUCAUCCAUACAUAUACUAAUUCUAUCCACGGUUUUAGUGCAAUUCUCACUCUCUCUGAGCUUGAAGCUCUCAAAAACUCCCCUGGCUUCAUUUCUGUCACUCCUGAUGGCCCCCUCAAACUCCACACCACCCAUACUUCUCAAUUUCUUGGCCUAACCUCCUCUUCUGGUGCCUGGCCUGCUUCGAAUUAUGGCGAAGGUGUCAUAAUUGGUGUACUUGACACUGGAGUUUGGCCUGAGAGUGACAGCUUCAAAGAGUAUGAAGGAAUCACUGAUGUCCCUUCUAGAUGGAAAGGGAAGUGUGUAUCUGGCACCCAAUUCAAUUCUUCCUUGUGUAACAAGAAACUCAUUGGGGCUCAGUUUUUCAACAAAGGAUUCAUUGCCAACUAUCCUGACUUGAAGAUUGGGAUGAAUUCACCCCGCGAUACAAAUGGACAUGGAACUCAUACUUCCUCCACUGCUGCUGGUCGUGAUGUGAAUGGUGCAUCCUAUUUUGGUUAUGCUACCGGCACAGCAAGAGGCGCGGCGCCAAGAGCUCGAAUAGCUAUAUACAAAGUGGUUUGGUUUGAUAGUGUAUACAAAUCUGAUCUUUUUGCGGCAGUGGACCAGGCAAUUCAAGAUGGGGUGGAUAUAUUGUCAAUCUCCUUGGGUCAUACCUUGGAUGACCACUUUUUGGAUGAUGACCCAAUUGCAAUAGCCACUUUUGCAGCCAUGAAAAAGGGAAUUUUUGUUGCAGCUUCAGCAGGAAAUGAAGGCUCUGGCUGGGGGACCUUACUCAAUGGAGCACCAUGGACAGUGAUUGUUGGUGCAGGAACUAUAGACCGUGAAUUUCGGGGAAUUUUAACCCUCGGAAAUGGUAUGCAAAUCACCUUUACAACCUUGUAUCCAGGGAACUCCUCUAGAAGCCAAUUGCCACUUGUUUUCAUGGAUGGCUGUGGAAGUGUGAAGGAAUUGAAAAAACUCAAAAACAAGAUUGUUGUGUGCAAGGACAAUUUGAGUAUAAGCGAUCAAGUUGAUAAUGCUAAGUCUGCAACAGUUUCAGGAGCUGUCUUCAUCACCAAUAUUUCCCUCUCAGAUUUCUACACUAGAAGCUCAUUUCCAGCAGCAUUUAUUGGUCUGCAAGAUGGCCAAAAUGUCAUAAAAUAUAUCAAGAAGAGCAGCAAGCCCACAGCAAACUUGGAAUUUAAAAAGACAGUCCUUGGAACAAAGCCAGCACCAAAGGUUGAUGAUUAUAGCUCUAGAGGGCCGUCUCCAAGCUGCCCAAGUGUCUUGAAACCGGACAUUCUAGCCCCUGGUUCAUUUGUCCUGGCAUCAUGGUCUCCAAAUAGUUCAGUAUUUGAAGUUCAGUCAGGCUCUUUGUUCAGUAAAUUUAACAUUGUGUCAGGCACUUCAAUGGCAGCUCCUCAUGUGGCAGGUGUGGCUGCUCUCAUCAAAGAAGUACACCGUGAUUGGAGCCCUGCCGCAAUUAGAUCAGCUCUUAUGACCACAGCUAAUCCAUUAGACAAUACACAGAAACCCAUCAUAGAUGUUAGUACUAACCUCCCAGCAACCCCCAUGGACAUUGGAGCUGGCCACAUUAAUCCCAACAAAGCACUCGAACCGGGACUAGUCUACGACACAACAGCAGAGGACUACAUAAAGCUUCUCUGUGCAAUGAAUUACACAGCAAAACAGAUACAAGUUAUCACAGGAUCCACUCACAGCUGUGUCAACCGGUCUAUCGAUUUGAAUUAUCCAUCUUUCAUUGCUUACUUUAACAGCAAGGGCUCAAAGUCUAGUGCAAAAGUUGUACAAGAAUUUAAGAGGACAGUAACAAAUGUGGGAGAGCAAAGGUCUGGCUAUACUGCAAAGUUGACAGCAAUGGCGGGUUUGAAGGUGAAGGUGGAGCCAGAGAGGUUGGUGUUCAAGAACAAGUAUGAAAAGCUAAGUUACAAGCUCACUUUGGAAGGUCCAAAAUUGCUGAAAGAAGUUGUGGUCCAAGGCUCCCUUAGUUGGGUUGAUGAUGGUGGAAAAUACGUAGUGAGGAGUCCCAUAGUGGCCACUAACCUCGUGCCAAAUUCUCUAUUAUAA